AUGUCUACUCCAAACCCACCCAAGACCCCUCAACCCUCCAAAACCCCAUCUAAGUUAGAUAGUGUACGUACCCACAAGUCAACCAGCUCUAGCAAGAAACCCACGCCUCAGACUCCGAAAGUUGAUUCUGAGCGACUCAAAAAGACCAUUUCACAUUCAACCCAAACCCCAUCAUCAAUAGCCCAACCACAGCUCGCUAAACAGUCGCAGCCAUCCAAAUCGACUCCUCAACAACCUUCAAGCGCGUUAAAGGAACACAAGAAAAUGCCUUCAGCCGCUCCACCGCAGGAUACGCCUCAAACUCCAACUCCUAAGCGGAUGGUAAAGAAGAAGAAGCCCGCUGCAACUCCAGGAGAUCAAGGCAGUACGCAGAAUGAUGCGCCUCAAGAUCCAACCCCAAGCCGAAAGAAGCCAGCUCCGUCUUCAGAUGGACAAGGUGCUCCGCAAACACCCCAAGACGCGACACCAAAGCGAAUGAAGAAAAGGAUUCCACGCCCAACACCUGAUCAACAAGGGCCGGCUCAAACUCCUGAACCACCUAAACCCGACCAGACACCUCGACAAGACCAAACACCUAGGCAAGACGGUAGCCCAACUCCUACUAGAAGAAUCAAGAAGAAGCGACCUCAACCAGAAGAAGGCGGUGUACCGCAAUCACCUCAGCCACCUCAAGGCACUCCUCAACCAAAGGACGCUGACAAGAAGACGGACACUUUAAAGAAGAAAGCUCCAAAGCCAGAUGAUGCUCAGCAAGGACUUGGGAGUGCUAAGAAGAAGGCUCCCAAGCCUGAAGAGGCUCAGGACAAAGUCAAUGAUGUGAAAGACAAGGCGCCGGAGCCGCAAGAUGCUCAGCAAAACUUGAACGAGGCAAAAGACAAGGCCCCCAAACCAGAAGAUGCUGGGGAAAAGGUUGACGAGGUGAAGGACAAGGCUCCAAAACCAGAAGAUGCUGAAAAGCAGGUUGCUGAGGCAAAAGACAAAGCUCCUAACCCACACGAUGCUCAAAAGCAGGUUGACGAGGCAAAAGAUAAAGCUCCUAAACCAGAGGAUGCUGAAAAGCAGGUUGACGGGGCAAAAGAGAACGCCCCGAAGCCAGAGGAUGCUGGAAAAAAACUUGACGACGUUAAGCAGAAUGGUGCUCCCGUUACCAACGGGGGCAGUCCAGAUCAGCCAAAAAAGAUGAUCAAGAAAAAGAAGAAGCCUGCUCCAGCACCGGAGCCAGAGCCAGAGCCAGUCAAAGAGCCCGAGCCCGAACCUGAGCCUGAGUCCGAUCACGAGGAAGAGCAUGAUGAAGAUGACGCCGAGGAUGACGAAGAGGAGGAAUCCGACGACGGUGACAACGAGGACCAGAACUCUGCCCCAGAGAAGUCACAACAAACUGCCCCUGAAGACUCAGGUGUUGAUGAUGGCGAAGACUCCUCUUCCGAGCAGGAGGAGGAUGAAGAAGAUGACAAUUCAGUCGCUCAAAAAAAUCAUAACAAUGAACACGAAAACGAUCUUAAUGUUGACGAAGAAGAUUACGAUGAAUCUUCUGGAUCAGAAGGCGGAAAUGAAAGCCAAGAUGAAGGGAGUCAAGACGAAGAUGAAGGUAGUGACGAGGAGGAAGAGGAAGAAUCAGACAAUGACGCUACCAACGGAGCACCUCUCGACAAGGCUCAAGACAGUCUAAAAGGAUCCCAAGAUGCUGCGAAAGAGCUUCCAAAGAAAGGCGAAGACGUUGCAAGCAAAGCCCAGGAUGCCCCUAACGAUGUCUCCAAGAAAGCCGAGGAUGUUUCUGAGAAAGCACAAGAUGCGCCCAAAAAGGCUCAGGAUACGGCUUCCGGUGCACCAAAGACCAUCAAGAAAAAGCUACCAAAACCUGCCCAGGACGCGACUGAUAACGCUCAGUCGAAGGUUGAUGAUGCCUCAAAGCCUGCUAAAGAUGCUGCUGAGAAUCCAAGUGGCUCAGUUGACCAAGCAAACGACACAGCUAGUGAAUUGAAAGACAACCCCACUGGUGCUGCUGAUAAGGCUAAGGAUGCUGCCAGCGGAGCAACUGGUGGGCUGCCAGGGAAAGAUGCUCUUGGUGGUGGUAAAGAUCAAGGGUCCAAACCUAAGAUGAUCAAGAAGAAAAAGAAGCCAUCAACUGACGGUGCCGGCAGUAGUGGUGGACCACUUGGCGGCGCCGACGGAAAGGGACCACUGGAUGGUGCAAGCAAUGCUGCUGGCGACGCUGCCUCCAAAGCUCAAGAUGCUGCAGGGGGAGCUUCCGACAAGGCCAAAAAUGCUACUGGUAGCGCUCCCGGAGGAGAUGCCUUAGGAGGUGCUACUGAUGCUGCCGGUGAUGCGGCGUCCAAGGCUCAAGAGACUGCUGGCGGAGCUGCAGACCAAGCACAGAGCGCUGUUGGAGAUGCUGCUUCAAAGGUCCAAGAUACCGCCAGUGGAGCCACUGAUAAAGCUCAGGGAGCUCUCGGAGAUGUUACCUCCAAGGCGCAGGACACUGCUAGUGGCGCUACCGAUCAAGCCAAAGGUGCUGCUGAUGAUACUGCAUCUAAAGCUCAGGACGCUGCCGGGGAUGCCACCUCGAAGGCUCAGGAUACUGCGGGCGGAGCAACCGAUCAAGCUAAGGAUACGGCUGGAGAUGCUGCUUCUAAAGCUCAAGAUACUGCCAGGGAUGCCACCUCUAAGGCUCAAGAUACCACCGGUGGAGUGACUGAUCAGGCUCAAGGUGCCACGGAUGGCGCGAAGGGCUUGACAGGCGGCGACAAAGGCGGAUCAACUGAUGCACUCGGAGGUUUGACAGAAAAAGUAUCUGAUGCUGCUAGCAGUGCUAAAGAUACAGCCACUGGUGCUGUGGACCAAGCCAGCAAGUCUCUACCUGUAGAUCUGGAGUCUCUCAAGGGGCUCGUCGGCCAAACCGCUAACGACAAGGGCGAAGUCCUUGACGACUCCGGAGCUGUUCUGGGAUCUGUCACAGGUGAUGAUCUUGGGGCACUCGCAGGGAAGAAAGUCAACGAAAAGGGUGAAAUCGUGGACGAAAAGUCUGGAAAGGUCCUUGGAACGGUCUCUGAUGUUAAGGACUCGGCAAAGAAAUCUGCUGGGGACGAUACGAAACAAAAGAGCUCACCAGAGGGUCUGGACAUUUCACAAAAGGACGGCGAAAUGGUCAUCAAGACACCAAACAGCGCACAAGCUUCCAGCGGGGCGGCUCCAGGAAUUGAGAUCAAUGUCAAUUCUACCAAAGACGGAAUGACUCUGACGAUCAAGAUUCCAGGUGUGUUCACCAUGUCUUGA